AUGUUAGAAGAAAAGGUGGGAAUCACUGUAAUUGGAGCGGCUGGAUUGAUCGGUAAACGACAUGUAGAACACAUCCUAGAAAAUAAGCAGGCAAAGCUACAUUCGAUCGUUGAUCCAACACCUGCAGCUCAAUCAAUAGCCAAAGAAGCAAAUGUUCAGCAAUAUUUAGAUCUCUCUGAACUUCUGCAGCAUUCUGAAGGACUUCAUGCUGCUAUCGUUGCCACUCCGACUGGGAUGCACAUCCAACAAGCAUGUCAAUUGGUAAGAGGAGGUAUUCAUGUUUUAGUCGAAAAGCCUUUGUGUAAUACAGUAGAAGAAGCACAACCUUUAUUGCAAGCUUGUCGUCAACCGGGUGCUGGUACAGUAUUGGUAGGAUUCCAUCGUCGAUUCAACCCUUAUAUACUUCAUUUAAAAAGCAUUCUUGAUGGUGAACAAUCCAAUCUGGGCACUUCUCCUGUAGGCACAAUCGUAGCAGUGAAUGGAUUAUGGUGUACGCGCAAACCAUUAACAUACUUUCGUCAAGCACCAUGGAGAGCAGAAAGGGGAAAAGGUGGCGGUGUGAUCUUGACAAACUUAAGUCACGAAUUGGAUUUGAUGCGAUUUUUAUUUGGAGAGAUAACUAGAGUUUUUGCUGAACCCGGAAGUACGACCCGUGGUUUUGACGUUGAAGAAACGGUGGCUAUUACGUUAAAAUUUCAAAGCGGUUGUGUUGGAACGAUUAUAUUAUCAGAUUCCGCUCUUACUCCUUAUACAUUCGAAAGUGCAACGGGUGAAAAUCCUUUCUUGGCAAAACAUCAUCAACCAGUUUAUACCAUCAUGGGCACUUCAGGAACGAUCAAUUUUCCAAAUAUGGAAUUAUGGUCAUUCACAGGUCAGUCUAUCGAAGGAGGUGAUUGGACGUUACCUUUAACACAAUCCAAACAAGCAGCUCUUCCUUUUGAUCAAGAAUUUGCAACUGAUACCGGGCCGAAUUCUCCGUUUGCUAAACGUCUUCAACAUUGGUUAGACUUCAUCCAAGGCAAAUCUGAAACUUUGUCAUGUACUCUAGAUGAUGGCUUACGAAAUAUGGCUAUACUGGAAGCCAUCCUAAGCAGCGCAAGUUCAGGCGAAGCAGUCGUUGUUUGA